AAAAUAUAAACCGGUUCCUGUCUCUCUGGUGGUGUAGCUCACUUCCUGCGCUCUGACGCUGUUUAGCACUUUGAGUUCUGACUGACAUUGACACAGAUAUGGAUUUUUUUAUAACUGUGGCGACUUAUAAAGUUAUUUUAAUGUGCAUCAUACAAGGAACAAAUGGCCUCACGAUACAUCAUUACAAUUCGACAACUGCUGUAAAGGGAGAUAACAUAAGCCUGCCUUGCAUUGUGGAUGAGCAAGAAAAUGUCAAAAUUAUCCAGACAGAAUGGAUUAAACAGAAAAGUGGAGAUGAUCAGAAGAUCGCCGUUUUCCAUCCUUUAUUCCCAAUACAAUAUCAUAAAAGUGGUUUUGUUGUGGAGGAAAGGAACAGUUCACAAACAGGGAAGCUACUGGGCUCUGUCUUAAAUAUGAUUCAUGUAACACCGAAUGACAGCGGCAACUAUAUUUGUGAAAUGACUUCUUUUCCCUUUGGCUCGAUUAAAAGGAUUACAAAGGUGUAUGUCACAGAGCCUCCAGUAUCAUUAGAGAUGUCAAGUUCAUAUGAAUUUGUAAAAGAGGGAGACGAAGUAAAAAUGAGAUGUUCAGCUAGUCCUCGCCCACUCCGUUAUGUACUUCAAAGGUCAAAGGACAAAUCGUUUUUACUUGAAAGCUCAAGUGGAGAGUUCAAUUUACCCAACAUCACCAGAAACAACAGUGAUCUGUAUGUCUGUUUACCUCAAUGGGACUCAUUAGACCAACAUCAGCAAGGUUUCAACGCCACCAUGAGACUGACUGUGAAUUUUCUUGACAGCAUUGAGUGCAACACAAGCAGCCCUUUAAGAGUCAAUACUGGUGAAGAUGUGACGAUUUCUUGUAAAACAAAAGCCUCUCAGCCAUUGCUGUAUCAAUGGAUAAAGGGUAACACAACGGUCGCUCGCUCUGACACUUUGUCUCUGAGUUCAGUGACUUAUGAUCAUUCAGGAACAUACAGACUGACGGCUGCUUUUCCCAACAAUCAAACCCAAACACACAUGGACCUUUCUAUCCAUGUUCUCCCAGUGAGAAGUGAAGGAUCCACAACUGAGACGACAUCAUCCCCGACAAAAAGCUUCAGCACUUCAUAUCUCAAUCAAACCACCAACUCUUUGAUCAACUUUACUUCUAAUUCAUGGAGCACUGAUGCUACGGUGACAACAUCACAAUCCGGUCACUUUCUAACAAAUACAACACAACCAAAUGCUACAAUGACCACUGAUCUCGCCAGACACACCAGUGAUAAUAGUCCUUUCAAUGGCAGCUCUUUUGCUCCCCCUGUUGGCAAUGCAUCCACAUCACAUCCAUAUUUUUUAAACUCGACAAGCACCUCGUAUCCCAUCAAUAUGACAGCUACAGAUCCAGCUACCACAAGCACAACAGUUACCUUUGUUGGUGAAAACAAAGACAUCACAUUGACUGUCAAGGCUGUGAUCAUAGAACAAGACUCAAAACGGGUAUCAUAUAUUGUUAUCCCAAUACUGUUGCUGUUACUGGUGUUGAUUCUUCUACUGUACAAAAGACACAUCACACAGAAAAAAAUGGAUAUGCCACCUCCGUUCAAGCCUCCUCCUCCACCAGUAAAGUACACAUCAGUGAGAGUCAAUGAUAUCCGCAUGACUGAUAUUUAAGCGUGACUCUGUGUGCCUUUUAGCCCCACCCACAGAUCAGGGGCCAGAAUUUCACUGACUGUUAUCAUACAAGAUUUAAAAUACUUUUAACAUGCAGAUAAACCAGAUUUAAAUGUUUUAUGUUGUUGAUUUUGUUUAUUUUUAAGUGUUUAUAUGUAAUUUGUUUUUUGCACAUUGUUUGUUUAGGCACAUUUCAUUGUAUGCCUAUGUAAAAAUUGUAUUUUUAUAAUUCAUCUGUUUUUUCCAAUUGUACAAUUUUAUUAAAUUUAAUUCUGUGUUUAACAAAUUUGCCAAUUAACUGUAUAUUUUCAAUAUAUAAGUCAGUCAGUCUUUGCAAUUGAAGACUCAGAUGCAAAAGCAGCUAAACGCAUGCACCUCCAUAAAAAAGGAGAUAAUGGGCAAAUUAAAAACAGCGUUUUCACUUCUGGGAUUGGGAUGGUCACUCAGGAUAAAGUGAAAAUGACAAUUUAUUGUAAUCGACAUAAUUGCACACACCUAUUAGAGUUAACACAUCAAGAGUUCUUAUCUUCGAAGGUAAAAGGCUUAGGGAAUUAUCAUUUCCGAUUGAAAUUCGGCCAAUGAUAUUGACCAAAAGCAUCAAAUAUCUUCACUUAAAUCCUCUAUAUGCACAGAAGACAAGUGAAUAAACGAUAGCACUCGAAACGGCCGUGGAUCACAUUCAAACUUGGACCUGAAUACAACCUGAAUGUGGCUGCCACAUAGAUCACAGCGCCCCCUAAUGUGUGGUGCAGUUUCUUCAUUUUUACAUUCUGAUUUUUAUUAUUUGCAAUGUUUUUAGAUUCAAGUGUCUUAUCCAAAUAAGUAAAGAAGUUGAGGUUUUUGUCUUAAAAGCUUGCAUGCACUUAGAGGGUUUUGCAGCGAAAGACAGUCACUCAAAUUUGUUAAAGGAACACGCCCACAUUUUGGGAAUAUAGCUUAUUCACCGUAUACCCCAGAGU